ACUACUUCGAUUCUGACUAAUUAUAUAAUAAAUAAUUAACACUGUAAAACAUUAUCAACAAUUUACAUCACCAAACAUGAAGAUGGUUGAAGAAGGGAAACAACCACUUCUAAUCACCUUCACCGAUGCCGGAGACGUCCCAAAACUCCAAUCAAUAUCAUCAAACGAACAAGUAUCAGAAUCAGCUAACACUUCACGCUGGUCAUUCCUCUUUAAACUCCUUCUCGUCAUCACAACCAUCGGUGUUUCCACAGCAAGUAUCGCGUUAAUCAUACUGAUCACACCAACCCCACCGACCGUUCACAUACACUCCAUGCAUAUAGCAUUCAACGAACGCCAUCUCCCUAUCUGGUCAGCAACGUUCUCUAUCAAAAACCCUAACGAUAAACUCCGCGUAACGUACGAAAGUCCCUCCGUGUGGGUGUUUUAUAGGAGAAAACACGUGGAGACGAUAAGACUCGGGUCGUUUGAGGAAAAAGGCGGGGAAGAGAACGAAGUAGUUGUGAAGGGAGAUAAAACCGGAGUUAUCGAUGAAGAGGCAGUUCAGGGAAUGGAGGAGGAUGUGGCGACGACGGGAAGUGUGGUGGGUCUUGAUAUUGUGUUUUUAGGGAGGGUUGGGUUUUAUCCAGUAGCUUCUACUUUAUGGGGAAAACAGAACAUGACGGCUGUUUGCAAGAAUGUGAAAGCUACGUUGUCUACUGAUGAUGAUGAUGGAAAACUAGAUAAGACAAAGAGUUGGGGCUUGACGUUUGAUGAUCGACAAGAUUGUCGUGUAAGUCUCCCUGUGUUUCCUUAGGGUUUAGUUGAGUAUAAUCGUCGAAAAUUGAGAAAUACAACAAUCGUAGACUUGUUUGUUGUUGUUGUUGUUACAUUUGUU